CAACACGAACGCAUUCUGUUUUCUAUUGUGUCCGAACACAGUGCAACAUUUGAUCUGUGAGAAAUAAAUUUGCUAACCGCUCCAGUAAUUGAAUAGAUUAUAAAAAAGAACAACAAUGUCGAAACCGCGAUUUCCUGGACGUCAGAGCCUUCUCAAGGUCAACCGAAAUGCCCAGCUUCAAACCAUUGCUGGCAGACAAAUUGCUCCAUCGGUUUCUCCCCUGGCUCCCACGGCCGUCGUAAAACCGAUCGAUCCCUCUCUGCCGCUCCGCGGGCGCCCACCGAAGCGUCUGAAAAUGGAACAGCUCUCGGUUGGUCUCCGGCACCAGCAGGGUUCCUCCUUCAUCAUGAAACUGUUCGAUCGGAGCGUCGAUUUGGCCCAAUUCGACGCGGAAAGCUCACUCUACCCCGUUUGCCGCGCCUGGAUGCGCAAUCAACCACGGGCUCGAAUGUCGUCCAAUCCCGACUGCGCGAAACAAACCGAACCGAUUGUUGCCCCGGCGGCGGGAGCCGAAACUUCCCGACGCUCGAUGCCGGACAUUGUCGAGCGGUUCAAGCGGAAAGAGGUGCAGGAGAUUCCCGAAAUGCCCAAACCGAUCGAGUCCGAUUCGGAACCGUUUCGGUUCGAGGAGAAGUUUGCCGAUGGUGGUGGUGAACUCAACUUGGAAGAAGCGGAAGGGUCAGCUGCGCGGCGGGAGCUUCUGCUGGAGCAUCACAAAUCCCGGUGGAAGAAAGUGCGUCGCAACUGGCAGGGCCACCGUCAAAACUACUUGAGGAAGUACCAGAUCAGCUACGAUUUGCUGGAUGCCAUGUUGAUGAAAGAAGUUUGAUGAACACGAGGGAAUUUGUUGUUUUUGUAUCACGUUACGAUGAAUUACGAAUAAGCGAUAAUAAAGUUUGAAAUCUAAUUGGUAUCUUCUUUUUCGGCACGCGAGUGCUGAUUUCUUCC